AUGCCGAGAAAGGCCAAUUUGCUAAAGUCUUUGGCAAGAGGACGAGUACGCACUUCUUUCAAUAAGUAUAACUUAUUCAAUUUGUACAAAAAGGGUGGUGUGGAUUUGAAGUCUAAAUCUUUGUAUCAACAGAAAUGGACGGCAAAGCAGGAAACCCGAGCUUAUCAUGGUGAACAUUUGACAGAAAGGAGAUGGCAAACCGCUUUCAAACCCAAGUUGGAUUCAGUAGCACAAUUGGAUGCUUCAUUGCGAGGAAGUGAAAUUAAGGAAACACCAUUCUUGUUGCAAACGUUUGCAGUACUAGAAAAAAGGCUCGAUUUUGCCCUAUUCAGAGCUAUGUUCGCUUCAUCAGUAAGACAGGCUCGUCAAUUUAUCCUACACGGAAAUGUUCGUGUUAAUGGUGUAAAAAUUAAACAUCCAAGCUAUACUUUAAAACCUGGCGAUAUUUUCAGUGUUAAACCGGACAAAGUGCUAGAGGCUCUCGGUGCCAAGAAACCAAGUUUCGAAGAAGCGCUAAAGAUUGAUAAGACUCAAAUAGUUUUAUGGAAUAAGUAUGUCAAGGAAGCAAAGACGGACUCAAAGGAGGUUUGGGAAAGGAAGCUGGAAAACUUUGAGAAAAUGUCUGAUUCUAACCCAAAAAAACUUCAAUUUCAAGAAUUUUUAAGGCAAUAUAAUAAGAACCUGGAGCUACAGCAAUAUAGUGCAUUAAAGGAAUGUACACAGGAAGGUAUCUUACGGAAGUUGUUGAAUAUAGAGAAACAGAUGGGCAAGCCUAGUAAUGAUCCUUUGUCGAUAGACGAACUCAAAAAGGGCCUCCCUGAGAUCCAGGAUCGUCAGUUGUUAGAAAGCGUAAAUAGUGCUUAUCAAGAAUUUUUCAAAUCGGGUGAAAUUAAAAGAGAAACACUUUCUAAAUGCCAGCCUGAGGAGUUAACUUCACUGGUUACAGAAAUGAUGAAUCCCAAGGAAACCACGAAAAAAGAAUUAUCUGAUGGAGCCAAAUCCGCUAUAAGAUCUGGUAAAAAAAUUUUAGCGGAAAGCGUCAAAUUAUGGACCAAAAAUAUAACGGAGCACUUCAAAACUAGGAUGAGCGAUGCCUCGGGUGGUUCAAUAACAUUUGACCCCAAAUGGGCCAAAAAUCUAAAAUAUCAUGAUCCGCUCAAAAUAUCUGAAUUGGAGGGUGAUGAACAAAAAGCGCGUAAAUUGAUAAACUUACCGUGGCAAAAGAAUCAUGUUUAUGGUAGACAAGAUCCUAAAAAACCUUUUUUCACACCAUGGAAGCCAAGACCGUUUUUAUCACCUUUUGCCAUUUUACCUCAUCAUUUGGAAAUAUCUUUCAAGACCUGCCACGCCGUGUACCUGAGGGAUCCCGUCGCCCGACCAGGCCAAUCCGAAGUAAUUUCACCAUUUGAUGUUCCUGUUCAUGAACGUGCAUAUAUGUAUUACUUGAGAAAUGGUAAAUGA